AGACCUUCAUUCGCUCUUGGGUUCUUGUCCUUCACAAUCUAUCCAACUCCUUCUCAACUCCCUCCACUAUGACUCGCUAUUUCUGCUGUGGAAGCUACUUCCCAGGCUAUCCUUGCUAUGGAACCAACUUCCACGGGACCUACAGGGCCACCACCCUGAACAACGUUGUGCCUCUGGGCUCUCCCCUCCACUCCGGUUUUGGAUGGAGUCCCUACAGCUCCCGGAACUUCUGCUUAGAAGGUUGCAAUGGCGGUUGCUAUGGCAGCAGCUUUUACAGGCCAUGGGGCUCCGGCUCUGGCUUCGGCUACAGCACCUACUGAUGGGUGAGUGGCGCUGCCGACCACAGGCCUCCCGAUCGAUUCUCUACACAAGGACCAACCUGAAGAGCAGCAACUAUCUUCCUGCUGGAGAGAUGUGCUGAAGAGAUGUGACUGUCGCUUACCCAAGUCUUGCUCUUCCAUGUUAAUGGACAGGUCACUCAGGACUCGGAUGUCAAGCUCACUGUCAUUUACAGCCUGAGAAAGCAAGAUAUAUCUUUCAGACACUCAACUUAGCAGUGAAGCGAUAGUUUGCCUCCUGGGGUUGCUCUGUUCAUGUAUUACUAACUUCUAUAUCAGCAUCAAUGUAUUUGCAGUUGGGUGUGGGAAGGCAUUGACUUUACUUUUAGUCUCUUAAUAAAUCUAAUUAAGCAUGCA